AUGCAAACCUGCUCAGCCCUGGUCUUGCUGCUCCUGGCUGCCAGCACCCUGCCUGCCAGGUGCUCGCCUGCCCACCCCAGCUGCCUCCACUUCUCGGAGCUCCUGCCUGCAAAGCUCAAAGAGCUGAGGAUCAAGUUUGAGGAAAUUAAGGAUUAUUUUCAAUCAAAAGACGAUGAACUUAGCAUCCAGUUGCUCAGCUCCGAACUGCUGGAUGAAUUUAAGGGGAGCUUCGGCUGCCAGUCGGUGUCGGAGAUGAUGCAGUUCUACACGGAGGAGGUCCUGCCCAGCGCCAUGAAGACCAGCACGCACCACCGGCAGAGCAUGGGCGACCUGGGCAACCUGCUGCUGAGCCUGAAGGCAACGAUGAGGCGCUGUCACAGAUUCUUUUCGUGCGAGAAGAGGAGCAAAACCAUAAAGCAGAUUAAGGAGACGUUCGAUAAGAUGAACGAGCACGGAAUCUACAAGGCCAUGGGAGAGUUUGACAUUUUCAUCAACUACAUCGAAGAGUACUUGCUGAUGAAGAGAAGGAAGUGAAAACGUCCAUGGGUCUGCAUCUUUCACACAAAAUCCUUCUAUCUUUUCAGAAAUCACUUUAGGCUGCAAGAGCUCACGAGAGAUUAAGUUAUCUUAGGGUUCAAGUCAAGAAUUACAGGUCAAUAACUUCCAGUUUAGUAUUGUAUUUAAAAGUUAUUUUUUUAA